AAAAAAAAGUCAGGUGCAUUUUGACUUGAGCAUCCCACGCCGACAGGAGAUAGUAAGGCACUUUUGGCAGGCAUCACAAUGGCGCUCAGGCCAUUUCGGAGGCUGUCGUACAUCUGUUUCGGUCGGCGAUGCAGAAUUUUGGUCUGCUGCGCCUUCUUUGUUAUUCUUGGGAUGCUGAGCUUUCAACAGAAAGGAGGGGAAACUGAAACCCUUUUCCAAGAGUUAUCUGUGAGGCGCCAAAGCGAAACAAAAGGAGAGGACUCUGGCACCGUCAUUGGUGAAGCGCCAAAGCGAAACGCGUCGCAAGUCACACGGUCCGUACCACGGCAGAAUCCGGACAGGUCUUACCAGUUAAAUGUUGUUACCGAAGAAAACAAGAAGGUGUCCCACCGGUUGACUGACAUUUUGGAAGAACACAAAACGGUGGGACCAUGUCCAACAUUCCACAGCAGAGAAUGUACCCCCAUUCCCAUCGAUCUGGUUUACACCUGGGUCAAUGGCUCAGACCAAACCCUACUGAGGAACCUGAGGGUGGCCAAAGAGCAACUGGAUGUAGAGCAAGGACUUCUGAGUGCCAAGCCGCAAUGCCCGCUGUCCAAAUGCGUGGUGGCACCCAUGGUGGUGUUUGAUCCUGGUCUACUGGCAAACACCACCUCUGAAGACCUAUCCAUGGCUUUGCCCUCCUUCUCCACUGCCAAGGCGGUGCUGCAGCUCACCAAACCCCAGCAACCCUCCCACAGAGUCACCGUGGUCGUCUUCCAUUCGCAAGCUGACGCUGAAAAGGCCUUGACGGAAACGCUCCGACACAAGACAUUAUCCAUCUACAAAAGCUACCUGACCACGGACCAAGCGGCUCCGGGUCUAGUCCAAAUGGAGACCCUGGCCUACCUCCACGGCUUCCCAAACUCCUACAAGGUGUCAGAGGAACUGCGAGGCAAAUUGCCGCCGGCCAUAACGGAAAAGAUUACAGCGUUUGAGUUGUACCCGGAGGCCAGCCUCGCUCUGCUCUUCUUCAGAACUCCACAAGACUUGACUGAUCUCCAAAAGGCUAAAAAUCAAGUGAAAGUGGAUGAAAAGCAAGUGACCAUCAGUCCUGUUCACUUCUUCUGGAACAUGAGCGCCAUCCAACAGUCUGUCCCUGCCAAAAAAGAGACCAGGGAUUCUCUGACGCCUAACCGUUUCCAGGACAACGGCGCACUCAUGUAUUCCUUACGCUCUUUGGAGAAACACGCUCCGUGGGUGCGUCACGUCUUCAUCGUCACCAACGGGCAGGUUCCCUCCUGGCUCAACCUUCAAAACCCCCGACUUUCAAUUGUCACGCAUCAGGAAAUCUUCCUGAACACGAGCCAUCUCCCAAGCUUCAACUCCCGCGCCAUCGAAAGCCACAUUCACCGCAUCCCGGGAAUCUCGCAGAGGUUUCUUUACCUCAACAAUGACAUGAUGUUUGGCAAAGACGUCUUUCUGGACGACUUCUACACCCCGAGGGACGGCCAGAAAGUCUAUCUCGCCUGGCCUGUAGGCCUUUGUUCAAAACAGUGUCCAUCAAGCUUGAUCAACAACGGGCAGUGCAACGAAGCGUGCAACAAUGCCAAAUGCCAAUGGGACGGAGGAGACUGCAAAGGACGAAAACGCAGGUCUCUAAGCAGCACUGGUGAUGGACAGAAGUCAAGCUUCUUCUCAGAUCCUCAAACCCAAAGCGACCAGCUUGGAGAAGAAAAAGAAAUGGACACAAAAGAUUGGAACACUCCAUUGGGCAAGAAGCUCCAAGAGUUUUUCCCUUCUCACAAGACAUUCCUUCAAGAACUACUUGAGGACCGUGGUCUCCAAAACGCUCUGAGCUACGAGACCAAUGGCGCGAUGACCGGCCGAAAGCUACGAGAUACUUUUGCCGCCACGCUGAAACACGUCGACAGGCUAUACAACUUAAAGUUUGGCGGCAUGAAACGAAAAGUCAUCUCGCACGCUCCUUACAUGAUUGACAAGCUUGUCAUGCAGGAGCUGCAGGACACAUUCCCAGGAGAAUUUCAAAAGACCUCGAGUCAUCAUUUGCGCCAUCGGGACGACAUGCAGUAUGCGUUUGCCUACUUUUAUUUCCUGAUGAGCGUCAAGCGGCCGGUUAACAUCGCCGAGAUGUUCGACACCAUCGACAAAGACCGUUCUGGCGUUCUGUCCGCUGGAGAGGUUCAAGAUUUGGUCAUGAAAAUCCACAAGCAGCCCAAACCCGAGGACUUUACAAGAUUGAAUGCUCAGUUGCGCAACUGCACAAAAAACCGUCGGGUCACCAAAGAAGUCGUGAUGAACUGCAAGCCCGUCACAGAUGGCAUUCGCAGUGCCGUUACAGACCAGAAGAAAUAUAGAUAUCAGGUCAUGGGGCAAGGGGAGGUCCAUUUCAAGAUGCUUCGUAAUAACCCGGCGGAGGCCGAUCGCAUUUUCAAUGACCUCCAGAGAAAUCCAAGGAAGUUCAUCUGCAUCAAUGAUGACCUUGACCACACCCAAAGCAUAGCUAUGGAAGUGCAGAAGAAGUUGGCCCAAUUUUACCAAUCCAAGUUCCCGCAACCAUCUGAGUUUGAGCUUCAAAAUUCCAACAGGUCUCCUGCACACGAGGACCAGCUUUGAUAGGAGCCGUCAUCAAAUGCGGCCAAUUCGGAAAACAGGUGGCGCUAGCCUCUUUUUCAUUCCCGUCAAGUCCUUUUGUGAAGUCUAUUUUACAAUUAAGAAUAAAUGGCAGGAUGUAGCUGUCUUUUUAAACGAGACU